AUGAGAUAUUAUAAACGAUUCUGGCUCUUCAAAUGGUCACUGUUGUUCUGUGUGAUGCUCUUCGAUCAAAUCUCUGGGCAGAUUCGCUAUUCAAUUCCUGAAGAGCUACAAUUGGGCGCCUUUGUCGGGAAUAUCGCAGAUGAUUUGGGUUUAGACCUGAAGGAGCUCAAAGCUCGCAGCUUUCGGAUUGUGCCUGGUCACAAGAAACAAUAUUUAGACGUAAACCUGAACAAUGGUAAUUUAUUUAUAAAGGAAAAGAUUGACAGAGAAAAUCUCUGUGGACCAAGUACGACAUGUGUUUUAUCUUUGGAAACAGUGACAGAAAACCCUUUCGGUCUGCAUGAUGUUGAAGUGGAGAUCCUGGAUGUAAAUGAUAAUGCUCCGACAUUUCCCAAAAAUCAGUUCCGCCUUGAAAUCUCGGAGGCGGCCGCGCCAGGAACGCGCUAUCCACUUGAAUCUGCGCACGAUCCAGACGUAGGAACCAACUCCCUGCAAUUAUACCAGCUAUUGACAAAUGACAACUUUGAUUUAAACGUUGAGAAACGAAAUGGAACUGAAGACACACCAGUGUUAGUUUUGAAAAGGGCACUGGAUAGAGAAACAGUAUCACAUCACAGAUUACGCCUGAUUGCCAAAGACGCGGGAGUCCCUGGGCGGUCCGGGACGGCUCAGAUAAUAAUCAGUGUACAAGAUGCCAACGACAACAUGCCUGUGUUCGCCAGCCCAAUUUAUAACGUCAACGUUUUGGAGAAUAUAACCAAAGGGACAUUGGUGAUCAAACUAAAUGCCACUGACUUGGAUGACGGUUCGAAUGGAGAGAUUAUAUACUCUUUCGCAAGCCACACAACCCUUAGAGUCCGUGAGUUGUUUAGUCUGGAUUCCAAAACUGGUGAAAUCAGAAUCAAGAGAAAUUUAAGCUAUGAGGAAAAUAAUCUUUUUGAGAUCAAUGUACAGGCAAUGGACAAUGGAGCAUCAGCCGUCCCUGCUUAUUGUCGUGUGCUUGUUCAUGUUGUGGAUAUAAAUGAUAACGCCCCAGAGGUGACAGUUUCUACUUUGUUCAGUCCAGUUCCCGAAGACUCGGUGCCCGGGACAAUUGUAGCUCUAAUCAGUGCAACAGACAAAGAUUCAGGGAAAUAUGGGCAGGUAGAAUGUAAAGUCACUGAAAAUCUACCCUUUCAACUGGAUUCCUCCUCCAAGAAAUACUUAACUUUGCGUACAGAACAAGCACUUGAUCGUGAAAAUGUAUCCAGGUAUGAAGUCACUGUUCUCUGCAGCGAUUCAGGGUCUCCGCCUCUCUCAUCUAAGAAAAUCGUCCUGGUGAAGGUUUCGGAUAUAAAUGACAAUGCACCAUGCUUUACCCAACCUUUAUAUACAGCUUAUGUGAUGGAGAACAAUGUUAUUGGAGCGUCUAUAUUUUCAGUCUCAGCUUUCGAUCCAGAUUUAAACCAGAACUCUCGACUAAACUAUUCCAUCCAACUGACACAAGUACAGGGUGAGUCAGUAUUUAAUUACGUCCACAUCCAAUCAGAAAAAGGAACUAUAUUUUCUCAAAGAUCUUUUGACUACGAAAAACUCAAAAAUUUUCGUAUGCAAGUUCAGGUUACGGACUCUGGAGUCCCAUCACUCUCCAGCACCGUCACUGUAGAGAUGGUUAUCCUUGAUCAGAAUGAUAAUGCUCCUGUAAUUGUACAUCCAUUGCCCGAGUAUGGAUCCACAGUAACGGAGACUGUAUCUCGAUUUGCAGAACCGGGCUAUCUAGUAGCCAAAGUGUCGGCCACAGACGGCGACUCUGGUCAGAACGCACGCCUCUCUUACGAGAUUCUUCAGACUACUAGCCCUGGACUUUUUACCAUAUCACCUGAUACAGGUGAAAUUUGGACCAUCCGUAGCAUUAUGAGCCAAGAUGGCACAAAGCAAAGGUUGGUUAUUGGUGCAAAAGACAAUGGUUCACCGACGCUUUCAGCUACAUUGACUAUCAUAUUGUCACUGACAGAUGGUGAUUCGGAAAUUCUUUCUGACGCAAGCAGUUUGUCUGAAGAUCCAGGUUCCUUUAAUGAUGUCAGCCUUUACUUAGUAAUAUCUUUAGGCAUAACAUCAUCUAUUUUCUUUGUUGUUUUAAUUAUCCUCGCCAUUCAUGUUCAUAAAAACAGGAGUCGUUUCGGUACUCAUGUCGAUUACCUGGACACGUGUUGUUGUUUCGAAGACCUGUAUUCUUUGAAUGGAAUUCAAAAAGCCAGCAGGAAUCUUGAAAUUGCUCCAAACUACGUCGAAGUGUUUGGGGGCGAUCCACUUUCUCAAAGCUUCCGCUAUGACACUUGCUCGACUUCAGGCCACAGGUCAUCUACUUGCAAGAAGGACGUCACGAGUGGAAAUGAUGAACUUCUCCGGAAUUCAAACGUCCGGAACUCCGGAAAUAGCGAGGUGAGGUGCUUCUGA